AUGGCCGUUCUAGCUCAGAUACCAGGCCUCAACGUGGCGAUCGUAGAAUGUCAUUAUCAGGCACUUAACGAGUAUGAGGACGGUGACAAUGAGCAAUCGCAAGGUGCAGAGGAAGACCAACGGACGUACGAACUGACGAGGUACAUAAAAUCGAAGACCGGUGCGAAGUUUGGUAUUCAAAUUAGAUUUGGCGAGGCGUUCGUCACAGAAUACGGUAUUCGCAUGGAAGUCAGGAUCGAUGGUCGUGGAGCAAGAACAAUGAUCCUGAGACCAGCUGAUCUACGCACAUAUGGUGGACAGUUCGUCUGUUCUUACAAGGACGAACAAAGGAACUCGAAACGCUACCACCGAGAUUUCCAGUUCGCUGAUCUCGAAGUCGGUGAGCACGCGCUUUCGUGCGUCGAACCACGCUCACCCAUGUAG